CACCUUCGCGGUGCUCGAUAACCGACUGUGACACAAGUCGUAGCGGUAUGCACACCUUUCCGGUGCCACAACCGAGUUGUUUACCAGAAGGCGUACCUAAGGAGCAACGCAGAGCUCCACGGAAUUGACACCGACUGCGGUGUGCUUACUGCCCAUGCCAUUUAAAGCGCCCUGUUUCCCACUACUUUGCCGUUUCGGGCCUCUCGGCUCCUCGUCUGUUUCAUUCCUUCCCUCCCUCUCUUCUCUCUUUCUUGUCUUCACCACCUCAUUGUCGUCGAAACCCUAGCGUUACUUUGCGUCGGUGGAGGUGUCCUCGUGUCUCUGGCUGCCCUUUUUUGAACUAAAGUUCGUCUCCGCGGCGUCUCGUCUUCUUGGAGGAGGAAGAUGGCAAAUCGAAGGUCAUCUAAAAGAUCAUAUUUAGAAUUCUUAGAUGGAAAUGAUGAUGGUGAUUCUAAAGUAUACAGAUUUCAAAUUCUCCUGCCGAAUGGUGCAAGUGUACGGCUUAUAUUUAAUGAUCCAGGGGAAGAUAUGUUCUUGGAUGAGUUUAUACACAUCAUCAGAAAGGAACUUGAAAAAACUGCAGAAACGACAACAAAAGCUAGUCGAAAGAUUUUCUGGAAUGGAAACAUCUAUCUGGAGGAUAUGUCUGACAACAAGAUUAGAAAGAAAAUCUCUUUUAGCCAUUUUCGCACUAACAAAUGUCACAUACUAAGGCUUCAUGAUGAGGGAGGUGAAUCUCUUGAUACUUACCAUAACAUGUGGGAUCUGACACCACAUACUGAUCUGUUAGCAGAACUUCCAGCAGAAUAUACCUUUCAAACUGCUCUAGCUGACUUGCUUGAUAAUUCUUUGCAAGCUGUAUGGUCUAAUGGCUCUGGUGAAAGGAGGCUAGUUAGAGUGACAGUUGAUGAGCAAAAAAUCGAAAUUUUUGAUAGUGGCCAGGGGAUGGAUGGUAGUGAGGAGAACUGUAUCACAAAGUGGGGAAAGAUGGGUUCUUCUAAGCAUAGGGCUUGUAGAAGCAAGGCCAUUGGUACUAAAGCUCCAUAUUUAAUGCCUUUCUUUGGCAUGUUUGGUUAUGGUGGGCCAAUUGCCACUAUGCAUUUGGGAAGGCAUGCUACUGUGUCAUCAAAAACUAAAGGUUCAAGGAAGGUGUAUUCUCUAUAUUUUUCAAGAGAGGCUUUGUUAAACCAGUCAACACCGAAAUGUAUCUGGCGGACUGAUGGAGGUGUGAGGGAACCUUUAGAUGAGGAAACUCAAACAUCACCUCAUGGGAGUUUCACCCAGGUGGUGAUUAGGGAUCUUAAACUAAGGUGCUUGGACAUAUAUAAACUUCAGUGCUUCUUGAAAGAUAUUUAUUUUCCAUAUAUACAGUGUGAUACAGAGUACACUUCACGAAAAACAGCUAUGCCAAUUGAGUUCGAGGUGAAUGACAUUAACCUUGCUGAAAUUCAAGGAGGAGAGGUGGCAAUUACUAAUUUACUCUCUUGUAAUGGUCCUGAUUUCAUCAUGCAACUAAGGUUCAUGAUUAAAUCAGAAAAUCCAGGAUCAUUAGGUUUUCAAGAAGCCAAUGCACAAUUGAAGUGUGUUUACUUUCCUAUUGUUGAGGGGAAAGAGAACAUUGAGCGAAUUCUUGAGAAGCUUGUUCAAGAUGGUUACGAAAUUAAAGAAAAUUUCGGCGCCUUUUCUCGUGUAUCAAUACGUAGGCUUGGUCGUCUCCUUCCAGAUUCCAGAUGGAAUACUCUUCCUUUCAUGGAAACUAAACAAAGAAGGGGAGAUAAAGCUCAUUUAUUAAAGAGAUGCUGCAAAAGGGUGAAAUGCUUUGUUGAGACAGAUGCUGGUUUUUCUCCUACUCCUUCUAAGACUGAUUUGGCACAUCAUCACCCUUUUACUCGUGCAUUGAGGAACUUUGGCAACAUUCUUUGUGGAAAAGAAUCAGAGGUAACCAUUGAGAUACUCAAAGAUGGAAAACACUCCAGUAUUUUACAAUUAGAGAAGGAAUAUCGAGAUUGGGUAAUUCAGAUGCAUGAUAGAUAUGAUGAAGAAAUCAAUUGUGGUGAGGAUGAACCUGUACAUAUUAUUGGCCCUCAAAACAAGAAACAACUUGGUAUAACUGCUGAUGUUGUGAGAGUGCACCAAGCUAUAAAGAGAAGAGGCAUAAUAUGGGAGUCAGGACAAAAGGUUAAAAUUUUUAAAGGUGCAACUGGAUGUUUGAAAAAGAAUUUGUAUGCAACUCUAGAAUACAUUUUAAUAGAAGGAUUUCAAGGUGAUGUGGGGGGUGAUGCACGACUAAUUUGCAGGCCACUGGAUUGUUCUGAUGAAAAAGGCUGCUCGAUUUUGGUGGAUAAUGGAAAUGCAAGCUUGGAUAUGCAUGAUUCUCUAUCUUUUCCAAUAAGUCUAAUUGAUUCUGAAAAUAUUCAAGCAAUUGACCUUGCGACAUGGAAUUGCCAAGUUGAGAAGCAUAAAGGGAGACUUCCUUCCAGAAUCGACAUACUAGCUGGUCAACAGUGUAGCCUGUUAGGGAUCAGUGGGGAACUACCUAUGGAAGCUCCUGUGGUUGCUGGUUUUACUCCUCCUAGAGAAAUUGUUGCUGUUAUUAGACCUGCAAAUUUUAGCUCUUCGAUGGCCUCCAAAGGCCUAGAUCAGAAGAAUAUCGUGAAGAAUGAGUUUGAGAUGACCUUGAAAAUUAGUCAUAAAUGUAGAGCUAAGCAGAAUGAACAGAUGACACUUGCCCAUACAAAAAGUGUUAAACCUUCAUCACAUACUGGCAUCAGUGGAUUAUAUAUAUUUGGGUUGCAAGAUAUAUGUUCGAAACUAUUUUAUAAAGCCGGAAUUUAUAUAUUCACCUUCUUUGUUAAUUGUAAAAAUACCAAUAUCAAACACCUAGAAGCACGAGUAGUUGUGAAGCCUGACACAAAGGUUUGCAAGUGGCGAUUUGUGUUUGAUGAAUGGGGCCCUUUCACUGAUAAGCAACUACUUUCUACUAGGGUUGGUUCCUAUAUUUCGUAUCUUUCUGUUGUGUGUCUUGAUCGGUACUCAAAUCAAAUUCCAUUUUCAAGUAUACCUGAAGCUACGAUAAAAAUAUUUGUGGAAGAAUGUAUGCUUCUCCAUGUUGACAAAAUGAAAAUGAUCCUUUCAUCUGAUCAGUUAUUGUUGGAAUUAAAGGAUAUAUUGAUUGAAAGCAGCAAGCUGGACAUGAUUCAGCCAAGUUAUGAAGCUGUGUUGGCGAUAUGUUCGCAAGAUGGUCUUUUCUCUGCUGAAAUUCCAUGUAAAGUCAUGCCGGGUACCUUAUCUUCCGUGAGGCUGCAAACUUCUCUCCAGGAAGGAGAAUAUUUGGUUCCAGAAGAAGUGAUUGAAGAACUUGUAUUAGAGAUGUUUGAUGCUUAUGGUAAUCAUAUUGAAGAAGGCGUGGAAGUGUUCAUCCACACUGAUGGGUUUUCCUUUCAAGACCACUUAGGUUAUAUUCGAAAGGUGAACUGCAAAGGAUGUAUCGAUCUUAGUGGCCUUCUAACUGUGUCAGCUAGUUUUGGUUCAUAUGUCCACCUUUCAGUUUCGUAUGAUAAGGAGAUUGUUUAUAAGAAGAAGUUCCAAGUUGCACAAAGGGAGUUGAGAGCUGUGUCUGGGGUCUCCGGCAUUCAUCCGAUAGGUUGUCAAUUGGAGAAUGUUAUAUUUGAAGUUUUUGAUCCUGAUGGACAAGUAGAUGAAAAAAUACAUGGUCAAUAUCACACACUUAGAAUAGUAUCAGAUUCAUUGAAAUUGGAUGAUACAAUUCAGUACACUUUCCAUCAUGGCCGGUGCACUGUGCCUUUUGUCCCAGUUCCCCGCAGACCAGGGCCUUUUUGCUUUUCGGCUUUUCAUACACGUUACCAUGAUCUUUGCACUGAUAUUGAGGUCAAUGUUUUGGAGGCUUCAAAGUUGGAGCUAUUUGCUGCAACAGAAUCAUAUGGAACAUUUCAAUCUCAGGUUUUAGAUCAUAUGGACUCAUCAAAGUGUCUCUCUCAUCAGAAGGACCUCCUAGUGAAGUACAUUUCUCAUCAUACUCAGAUUCUUGAUGAAAAAAUUACUGAAGUUGGAUUGAAGAUUGGAGAGCAUGAGAGGAAACUAAAGACACUGAAUGAUCAGAAGAUACAGGUUGAGCAAGAUAUUCAUGAUCUGCGAGUGUUCAUUGGACCUCAAUAUUUGAGCCAAAUUGAGUCUUUGAGUUCUUCAAGAGAGGAAAUCCUUAAACGAAUAGGACGAAAAGGUGAUACUGCCGCUGCUAUUUGCUGCUGUCUUUCUAAAGCUAUCCAGAAGCAAGAACCUUGGAAGUGCUUUACAAACUGUACGCAAGAUGUUGUUGGCCUUGUUGCUCUUCUUGGAAAUGUUAAUACUAGCAAAAAUAGCAGGAUGUUUUCACAGUUUUUGGGUGAAGAUAAUAUGCUUGCAAUUGUUUGCAAAUCUUAUGAAGCUGCAAGUAGAAUGGAGUAUUAUGAUGAGGCUGGAAAAAUUGAUCACCAGCAAGCUGUUCAUGGAGCUGCAGCUACACUCGGCAUUAACAUAAGUAGGAGAUUUCCUGUAAUAUGCCUCGAAGACAUAAGACCAUACCAAGGUCGAAUCAUGCCUAAUGAUCCUCAGAGGAGACUAUGUUUGUCAAAUCCAUUGUUGCAAUCUGGGGCAGUUCCUGCUGGAUUUUUAGGGUAUGCAGUGAACAUGAUCAACUUAGAUAUUCAUCACUGCAAGACAAAAACACUUUCAGGUCAUGGCCUUCGGGAAACCUUGUUCUAUCUGCUGUUUGGUGAAACUCAAGUAUAUCAGACUAGGGCGGACAUGAGACAAGCUAGGUCCUGUAUUAAGCAAGGAGCUAUUUCUCUGGAUGGUGGGAUUGUGAGGGCCAGCGGAUUUAUUUUACUUGGAGACUGUGAACCAGAUGUAACGUUUCCUGUCAUUGGAACGCAAGCACAUAGAGCAUUUUCACAGGAUAUGGUAAUGAAUAUAAAGCAAAUGGAGGAGAAGAAGGGUCUUCUGACAGCAAUCCAACAAGAAAUAGUAAAAGAAUAUGAAGCCUACACAGAGGACAUGGCCAAGUUUAAAAAAAGAAGUGAUAGGUUACGUGAGUUAUUGACAGAAAGUUCUUCAACAACAAAUUUACUGGAGUGGAAAUGACCGCCCAUCGUGUAGUUCAUCUGGUACAAUGUUAUCUCUGAGAAUCUUUUUUGUGUUUUGUUUGACCAUAAUUAAAUUUUGGUACAAAGGUCAGGCAUAGUUCAUGGUGUAUGUAGUUCAUCUGGUACAAUACUAUCUGUGUGAAUCUUUUUGGUGUUUUGUUUGACUAUAAUUAAAUUUUGGUACAUAGGUCAGUUGCAUCUUGAUAGGUUAGCAUGUUGUUGAUUGUACCGUACAGGAGUGAGGACCAGAAACAGGCAACUUUGACAGACAUUAUCAAA